AUGGCUUUGCUAGCCUCUCCGACCCUCGCAUCCUCUCUUUCGGAACUCUGUACCUCCUCAAACCUGAAAGCUGCACUGCCCUCCAAUGGGACCCUUCUGGGGAUCAACAUGAUCCAAUCUACCAUCACGGCUUCCACGGCGGUUUACAAUACCAGUGCUGGGACAGGAGGCGGACCGAUGAGGCGUGAUACCGAUACCUACAACUACUGUAACGUCACUGUCAUGUACACUCACGGCACCAAGGGUGACACUGUUAACCUCAAGUAUGCCUUUCCUGAUCCCGAUGACUUCAAGAACCGGUUUUAUGUUGCUGGCGGUGGUGGCUACUCUCUAAACACUGACACUACUGGUGGCCUCAAGUACGGGGCGGCUGCUGGAGCUACUGAUGGCGGGUACGAUGCCUUCAACUACAGCCUCGAUGAGAAAUUCCUUCUCGGCAACGGUUCCAUCAACUGGGAUGCGACAUACAUGUUCUCCUAUCAAGCUCUCGGAGAGAUGACCCAGAUCGGAAAGUAUAUCACCAAGAACCUUUAUGACAUGUCAAAGUCGAGCAAGGUCUAUACCUACUACGAGGGCUGCUCGGAUGGCGGGCGAGAGGGAAUGAGCCAGGUUCAACGAUGGGGCGACGAGUAUGACGGUGUCAUCGCUGGAGCUCCUGCAUUUCGCUUCGCGCAGCAGCAAGUCCUGCACGUCUACCCAGCCACCGUUGAGCACACUCUCGAUUAUUACCCCCCUCCUUGUGAGCUCAAGAAGAUCGUCAACGCGACUAUCGAGGCCUGCGAUGGUCUCGAUGGGAGGAAAGAUGGUGUCGUCUCUCGAACAGAUCUUUGCAAAAUACACUUCAACCUCAAGUCACUCAUUGGCAAAGAAUACUACUGUGCGGCUGAGACCAGUUCUUCACUUGGCUUUGGGUUCAGCAAGAGACAGUCUCCCGGAAGCCAGACGAGCAAUGCCCCAGAGCAGAAUGGAACUAUUACUGCGGAGGGUGUCGCUGUUGCUCAAGCCAUUUACGAUGGCGUCUUCAACGGCAAAGAAGAAAGAGCGUACCUGUCUUGGCAGAUUGGCUCUGAGUUAUCUGAUGGUGAGCCUACCUACGACAACAAAACCGACGAGUGGACUCUGAACAUCCCCUCUACUGGUGGAAUGUACGUUGCAAAGUUUAUUGAGCUUCUGGACCUCGAUAACCUCGAUAACCUCAACAAUAUCACGUAUGACACUCUAGUAGACUGGAUGAACACUGGUAUGGUCCGUUACUACGACAGCUUACAGACUACCCAUCCCGAUCUCACAACCUUCAGGGAAGCUGGCGGCAAGCUCCUCCACUACCAUGGCGAAUCAGAUCCCAGCAUCCCCUCAGGUUCUUCCGUUCACUACUGGCAAUCUGUUCGAUCCAUCAUGUAUCCAAAGCUGUCCGAUGAGAAGGCACAAAAGGCUCUUUCCGAAUGGCCAGGUCCUUAUCCUCAAAACAACAUGAACGUUAUGAUUGAUUGGGUCGAGAAUGGUAAGCAGCCGUCGAGACUCAAUGCUACUGUUUCUUCGGGCGAUUACAAAGGAGAGACGCAGAUGUUGUGUCAAUGGCCUAAGCGACCUCUUUGGAAGAACGAUAAGAGCUUCACGUGUGUUGAUGAUAAGAAGUCGAUCGAGAGUUGGACAUACAGCCUCAAUGCCUUCAAGAUUCCUGUAUACUAG